AUGGAUCAAUCACUCAUCAAGCUUGUCAACAAGCUGCAAGACGCUUUCAAUAAUGUUGGAAUACAAAAUCCGAUAGAUUUGCCUCAGAUCACUGUGCUUGGAAGUCAGAGCUCUGGGAAAUCAUCAGUGCUGGAGAACCUCGUGGGCAGGGAUUUCCUGCCGCGAGGUACCGGAAUCGUCACUCGUAGACCGCUGGUGUUGCAACUCAUCAACAGACCUGCUGCAGGUGGUGCGCAGGGUGGAGUAGCGGCGGCCAGUGAGAAGGGUGCUGACGAAUGGGGAGAGUUUUUGCAUCUGCCCGGGGAGAAAUUUUACGACUUCAACAAGAUAAGGGAAGAGAUUGUGCGCGAUACGGAACUCAAGACGGGAAAGAAUGCAGGCAUAUCCCCCCAGCCCAUCAAUUUGAGGAUUUACAGUCCCAAUGUCUUGACCCUUACGCUCGUCGAUUUGCCGGGCUUGACCAAGGUGCCGGUUGGAGAUCAGCCCAGAGACAUUGAGCGCCAGAUUCGCGACAUGGUCCUCAAAUUCAUCAUGAAGCCAAAUGCGGUGAUUCUCGCUGUUACAGCUGCCAACACAGAUUUGGCCAACUCGGAUGGUCUGAAGCUGGCCAGAGAGGUGGAUCCGGAAGGGACGCGGACUGUGGGUGUGCUGACAAAGGUUGACCUGAUGGACCAAGGCACAGAUGUCGUCGAUAUCCUAGCAGGCCGCAUCAUCCCGUUGCGCCUGGGCUACGUGCCCGUCGUGAACAGAGGGCAGAGGGACAUUGAUCAAAAAAAGCUGGUCAGCGCUGCUUUGGCUGCAGAGUCGGACUUCUUCUCCAACCAUCCCAGCUAUCGGUCCAAGGCUCAGUACUGUGGUACGCCUUACCUCGCUCGAAAGCUCAACACUAUUCUCAUGCAUCACAUUCGCACCACGCUUCCAGACAUCAAGGCUAAAAUUCAGCAGCAGCUGCAAAAAUUCAACAGCGAACUUUCAUCUCUUGGUGGUGCUUUAGGCGAUACCAACUCUGGCAACAUUGUCCUGACCAUCAUUACCGAAUUCUGCAACGAAUUCCGAACAGUCAUUGACGGCAAUUCAAACGAUUUGUCGGUGAACGAGUUGGCGGGAGGUGCGAGGAUCAGCUUCGUAUUUCACGAGUUGUUUAGCAACGGCAUCAAGGCCAUUGAUCCUUUCGACACUGUGAAGGACUCGUACAUCAGGACUGUUCUCUACAAUUCUUCGGGAUCUAGCCCGGCACUGUUCGUUGGCACAACCGCGUUCGAGGUUAUAGUCAAGCAGCAGAUCAAGCGCCUGGAAGACCCAUCCUUGAAGUGCGUCAGCUUGGUCUACGAUGAACUUGUCCGCAUCCUCUCUCAGCUGUUGAGCAAGAACCAACAAUUCCGAAGGUUCCCGCAACUCCGAGAAAGGUUCAACACUGUCGUGAUCCAGUUCUUCAAGAGGUGUUUGCAGCCAACUACCAAGCUGGUGACAGACAUUGUCCUAUCCGAGGCGUGUUACCUGAACACUGGCCACCCGGACUUCAUCGGCGGCCACAAAGCCAUGUCGAUCGUGACUGAGCGCUUUGCACAGGCUUCGGGUGCCAACGAUCCCAAGAAGCCGCAGCAUACCAUCAACAACGACAAGGAUUUGAAUGUGGACAUCAAAGACCAGGGAUUUUUUGGAAGCUUCUUCAGCGGCGGAAAGGCUUCGGCAAAGGAAAGAGCUAAGCACGCUACGAUGGACGCGCCACCUCCCAGUCUUACAGCUAGCGGACAGCUCACAGACCGAGAAGCCAUGGAAGUCGAGGUCAUCAGAAUGCUCAUCAUGUCCUACUUCAACAUUGUGAAGCGAACGAUCAUUGACAUGGUACCAAAGGCUACCAUGCUCCACUUGGUGAAAUUUGCCAAGGACUCUCUACAACGCGAAUUGCUCAAGGAGCUCUACCAGCAGGACGUAAUGAACGAGCUGAUGCGCGAGAGCGACCAUGUCGUUACGCGCAGGAAGGAAUGCGUAAAGAUGAUCGCCGCGCUCGAGCAGGCGCAGGAAAUCGUCGCCACUGUCUGA